UGCCACCAGUUGGGGCAAGGCCUAAGCCUGUAGUAGUAAGACAGGUUCAUCCACAGGGUUCAUCAUUGACUUUACUGGCAACACGCGAAAGGAGAAGAAUAGUUGAGUGUUCUUCCGCUGUGCGUCAUAGUUAUUAUUACUUCAAUACCAAUGCAGGAGAACUCACAGUGACUGUUGCAGCCUGCACGUGACCUGCAAUGAUUGCCAUAGUGUGUGGGCAUAUAUUGGAGCUUCUAAUGAUAAUAGGAUUGGAGAUCCUCGGACAUUCUUGUGGUCAGAAAAUUCCCAUAAGCCCCUGCCCUGAUGUAUUCCAGUACAAGGUGGAUGCUGGUGGGAUGUGGUAUGGUCUUAUUAGUGUCCCUCCUCCUGAACCAGAUUUUAAUAUCAAGCUCACUGUUAAAAUGUAUCUUAAUGCAGUUCCACCCACGAAUUAUGUUGGAACACUGCAUCUUGUAGAAACAAAGGACGAGGUCUGGAGAAGACUAAUAACUGGGGACAAGCGGCCCGUUCUAUACGAACUAUAUUUCCCACUCUCUUCACCUUUACCACUAGUGAAGCACAUUGCUUUAAACAAGGAUGUCAUGUGUGUAGGCAAACCACCAAGAGGCAUGCUGACAAAAAUAUCUUUGGAGCACAAUCUUUUCCCUAUCAGGCUUAACUUUCCUCAUAAUGAAAACAAAAGUACUACAGCACCUCCUGACAGUAUUCCAAAUAUUAAUCGCACAGAGCCUACAACAGAUCAUGAAUGUGGAAUCUCACUUAAAGCUAGUAUCCCGCUGGUUGUCAAUGGGACACCAACAAGAAAGGGUGAAUGGCCUUGGCUUGUUGCAAUGUUCGUCAAGUCUACAUCACCUGGACUGAAAUUCCAGUGUGGUGGCAGUCUUCUUAGUACAAAAGUUGUUCUCACAGCUGGACACUGCAUUAAACCCAAAGAUCGACCGGAAGUGAAAGCUGAAUUCAUUGUUCUCUUUGUUGGUAAACACAACCUGCAGGAAUGGGCAGAAACAAACAGUCAAGCGAAGGAAGUGGAACGUAUAGAUAUACAUCCAGACUACAGAAGAGAAGAUUUAGAAGCAGAUCUGGCAAUAUUAAUACUGAAAGAACCAGUUGUUUACACACUUUAUGUGCAACCAAUAUGCCUCUGGCACUUUUCAGUUGAUCUAAAUGAAAUAGUUGGACAGAUAGGCACUGUUGUAGGCUGGGGUAUUGAUAAAACAGGAAUCAUAAGUUCAAAGCCCAACAAGGUCGCGAUGCCUAUAGUUUCACAACAGACGUGCUUCUUCAGCAAGAAAGAAUUUACAUCUUUCGUCAAAAACAGAACAUUCUGUGCCGGUUCCCGAGAUGGUACUGGACCAUGCCGUGGUGACAGCGGUGGAGGAUUCGUGAUAGGUUAUCCAGAUGGUGUACGUCUCAGAUGGUAUUUAAGAGGUGUUGUUCACAUCGCACUGUAUAAUGAAGAAAACCAACAGUGUGAUUUACAAAAUUAUCUAGUCUUCACAGAUGUGGCAAAGUUCAUGGACUGGAUACGCCGUUAUGUAUAAUAACGGCGUUCCCAAAGAAAUUUAAAUCCAAAUGUGGCAGCAACAACCUCAGGCUCAUACUUAAAAUAUGCUAGCUGUAAACUGUAAAGUGUUUUAUUUUUGUCAAUUUAAGUGGUAAUCAGAGGGAUGUGAUUAAUUUGAAAUCAAUAUGACACAUGUACAGAGUUCCAGUGUAUUGUUACUCAUUUUAAAGAAAAACUUGGUGUACUAAGAAACCAGAGAGCCUGCAUGAAGAAGAAAUGUCUUAAGAAGAAGAAAGCGCUGUUCAUUGAAGAACAUUUUGGGAGUUAUUUCAGUUGGUCGUUAUGAAGACGGAAAAGUACUUUUACCAUUAUAAUAUUAACUUAUGUAAGAAAAUUAUCAAUACAACUGAAAACAACAUAACAACAUAAA